UGUACAUUUGUUGAAGGAUAGGCUAGGCUACUGUUCAUUGCUUGGACAGCAUUUUAAUUUCCAGGAGUUGUUUAGAUCGUGUUGUGUCUUUUGAAGAUCUGUAAUUCGUGCAGAAACUAUGGAGUAACUGCAAUUGGUCCCAACCGUGCAACCUCCGGAUUUAGGCUACCGUGAGUUUAAAACGGAUGAGCUGGAGACAGAGAGAGAGAUAGAGAGAGCAAGCGAGUGAGCAGCUGUGUGUGUGAGUGUGAGAGAGGUGCUGAGUUCUGAAGAGCUCACACAACAGGACAGAGCCCAGCUAGCGCUGCUGAGACGGACUAUGCAGAAUAGUGUCUGAGUUUGUCCUGAGGAUAGACACCAAGAGAUCAGAAUGGGAAACACUGACAGCCAGUACAGCAACUUCAACGUCCCUGGGAAACCCAAACCCUGCUCUCUAAAGUUCCACUCCAUUAAGGAGGAAGUCCUGUCCCCCAAUAGCUGGUGGAGGAGCAGCGAGGGGGGCGGUCAGGAGUACAAAACCAGAGGCAAGGGAGGGAGGGUCUGCCUGCCCCAGCAGAAGAUCACUCACAACCAGCCUUAUGGCUUGUCGCAACACUACGAGCACCACAUCACCAAGGAGGGCAGGGGACUGAGAGGGCCCCCAGGAGCCAAGCUGAAGUCCAGCUCUCCGCAGUGUUGUGGCGGAGGGGACAGUUCCCAAGUGACCAGGAAAAGCAGAGAUCAUAACGGCUAUGGUUUCCUGGAGAGUAGCGGGGAGAAUGUGAACGGUCUCGGUGCUAACGGGCAGCGCACCCCUGAGAUGACUUCUCUGUGUGAGCCAAUAGAGAGCCGCAGCAGCCCCAAGGUGCUCCUCAGUAAGGACGGCAGCAUGCGUGUGGAGUUCACCAAUGCCAGGAGGAUGCCUCUGGAGCCCCAGGGUCUGUCAGGCCACAGCCACAAUGCAGUAACAGCCCCAGAGCCCUCUCUGACUAGGACCAGUAAGGGUAGCUCGCUCAGCUCCGAGGGCUCCUGGUACGACUCUCCUUGGGGGAACACCACAGAGCUCAACGAUAAUGUGUUCACCUGUAGUCAGACCACAACGAGGGACAACAGUAGUGGCUACACCACCUACUCCUCCACACGCACUGAGGAGACGGGCUGCGACUACAACACCUUCUCAUCCGCCCGUACUGAGGACAUGUCCCCGGGGUUCAACCCCAACCUCCUCUUCCAGACCAUGGAUAGUAAUGGACAAUAUGCAAGCCGAGGGUUUAACAGCAACGGGUAUAACUCUUGCUCUUUAGGCCGCACUGAGGACAGUGGCAUCGGAGAUUCUAUGAUUCUCUACCCGGAGCAGAGUCAGUUUAGCCUCAUCUCCCCUCCCGUGUCCCUAUCUGACCUCAGCAUGGUGGCUACAUACCCCACCACUCACUUCCAGGACAUCCCCCAGCGCCGGGAGUCGCUGGCCUCGGUGCUGACGCUGGACGUGGGCGACCAGGAGGAGAGCUCAGAGUCGGGCGACCAGUGCUACUCCUCCGCUCACAGUCACACGCUGCCCUGCAGGAGGGUCGCCACCGAGCCUACCGCCAUCGUCGUCAGCAACAGCAGGAAGGACAACCUGAAGAGCCGAAUCCGGCGCCUCAGCGACUGGACAGGAAGUCUAAGCAGGAAGAAGAGAAGACUACAGGAGCCUUAUGGUAGUGAGGCCAGUGAAGGCUUUAUCAUUGGAGUGGAUCCUAGGUUAGGUGACUCCAGGUCCCAGGUAACUGGUCCAGUAUGGAACUCCCUCCACACCCAGACCCUGUCAGUCCGCUCUGGGGCCUCCAGGGGCCAACAGAGCCACAGUGACGCCUUGCGGCAGAACAUCUAUGAAAAUUUCAUGCAGGAGCUGGAGACAGGAGGCAACAGCGGCACGGAGCGGACCGAGCCCUCGGAGGAUGGAGAGGGGGAGGACAUGGGAGGAGCAAGGGGAAUAGGAGUGGGGGAACAGGGAGAGAGUAGUGGCAAUGGGUCCCUGGGCUCUCUGGAACAGCUGGACCUGCUGUUUGAGAAGGAGCAAGGGGUGGUACGCAGGGCCGGCUGGCUCUCCAUCAAACCCCUCCUCACCCUGCAUAAGGACAGGAAGCUGGAGCUUGUGGCCCGCAGGAAGUGGCGGCAGUACUGGGUCACGCUCAAAGGGUGUACCCUCCUGCUCUAUGAGACCUAUGGGAAAAGUAGCUGUCCCGAGCAGGAGCUGUCCCCGUGCUACACCCUGCUUGCUGAGGACAGCAUAGUCCAGGCGAUCCCUGAACACCCCAAGAAGGAGAACGUCUUCUGCCUGAGCAAUGGCUACGGAGAUGUCUAUCUGUUGCAGGCUGCUAAUCAGACAGACCUGGAGAACUGGGUGACAGCCAUCCACUCUGCCAGCGCCUCUCUGCUGGCUAAGAGACAGGGGAAGGAGGACACGGUGCGGUUACUGAGGAGCCAGACUGGCGCCCUGCUGCAGAAGAUAGACAUGGACAGCAAGAUGAAGAAGAUGGCUGAGUUGCAGCUGUCUGUCAUCAGUGACCAGAGGAACAGGAAGGCCAUCAAGAGCCAGAUCCAGCAAUGGGAGCAGAACCUGGAGAAGUUCAACAUCGACCUGUUCCGGAUGCGCUGUUACCUGGCCAGCCUGCAGGGCAGUGAGCUCCCCAACCCUAAGAGUCUCCUGGCCGUGGCCGGACGGCCCUCCAAAACCACCCUGGGACGCCUGGGGAUCUUCUCUGUCUCCUCCUUUCAUGCCCUGAUCUGCACCCGUGACGAGGCCACCCUGCGGAGGCGUUGCCAAUCUCUUUCCCGGGAGCCACGGAACAAGAGGGGUAUCUUCUCUUCCCUCAAGGGUCUGGACACCCUGACCAAACGCAGCAAGGAGAAGAGGCAGUCCAUGUCCCAGGUUGUUGAAGGACAAAGUGUUGGAGUGCCUGCUGGCCAUGUCCUCAACCACAGCAGCUCUGAGAGAUUGGACGCUCUUGCCAAAGUGCAGUUGAUAGCACCACCUAAAGGCAACCCUUGGUUCAGCAGUUUGGAACCUCCAGUCUGUGUGAAUAUGCCCGAAAGCCAAACAGUUACUCUGCACAUCAAACCCGAUUUCCUCGUAUCAGAUGUGCUAUCUUUGGCCUGUAAGGACAGGCACCUGGACCCGAGCCAGCACUGCCUGCAUGUGAGAAGGCUGGUGGGUCAGGACACGGAGACCAGCUCCCCAGCACUCACAGACCCACUACGAGACCUGGUAAGGCCCCAGCUAUACAGUAGCAAUUCACUGGUGUAUGAUGAGCUAGAGGUCUUCCCGCUCAACGUUUUCACCAUACAACUGUCCCGCCCAGACACAGCAGUGGACUUUGGCUUUGCUGUGAUGGGCCAUGUAGACGGAACCAGGAAAGGCCAUGUCUAUGUGAGUGAGGUCACUCCAGAGGGACUGGCUUUCACUGAAGGUCUGAGAGCGGGGGAUGAGAUCCUGUUUCUGAAUGGGACCAGUGUGUCCUCCCUGGACAUGGGUCUGACGCACCUGUUGUUCAGCCACCAGACCCUCCAUCUGUUGCUCAGACGAGAGGACACGACCACUGAGGACCAUACCUCUGUCUGGUCAGACUGUGGCCCCUGGCAGCCAGCACCACCGCCACCCAGCCACUGUGGCCCCUGGCCUACAGAUGUGCUGCUGCCCCAGGAGCUUCCAGAAUGCUCUGUAACGUCUCCCUUUCAGGAGCUGUCACAACAACCACAACCCGCUGAUGGGACGGAGCAGCUCGGCCAGCAUGUUGAGACGGUGUGCUCGCUGAACCAGACCUUCCCAGAGGGCCGUGGGGCAGCGGGGGCAGUGGUGGUGGAGGGCCAGAGGAACCCCUACUCCAUGGAGCCCCCCAUUCCCCAGACCCUGAAGCCCCCCUGCCCCAGACACAUGUCCAUCUCUGAGAGGCUCUGUAAGGUCAUACAGGAAUUGGUGGACACAGAGAAGUCCUACGUCAAGGAUCUGGGCUCUCUGUUUGACAUCUACCUAACGCCUCUACAGAGUGAGACCUUCCUCAGCCACGAUGAGAUGGAGUCUCUGUUUGGCAGUCUGCCUGAGAUGCUGGACUUCCAGAGAGUGUUCCUACACACCCUGGAGGAGCGCAUCGCCUCCUCCCCCAACUUCAGCUCCCUGGAGACCCCGGAACAAUUCAAGAAACUUCUUCUCUCGCUGGGGGGCUCCUUUCUCUACUACGCCGACCACUUCAAGCUCUACAGCGGCUUCUGUGCCAACCACAUCAAAGUCCAAAAGGUUCUGGAACGAGCGAAGACGGACCGGGCCUUCAAGCAGUUCCUGGAGGCGAGAAACCCCACCAAGCAGCACUCAUCCACCCUGGAGUCCUACCUCAUUAAGCCAGUCCAGAGGGUGCUCAAGUACCCCCUGCUGCUCAGACAGCUGGUCUCCCUGACCGACUCAGAGAGCGAGGAGCACAGCCACCUCACAGAGGCUCUGAGAGCCAUGGAGAAAGUGGCCAGUCACAUCAAUGAGAUGCAGAAGAUCUACGAGGACUACGGAACUGUGUUUGACCAGCUGGUGGCAGAGCAGAGUGGUCCUGAGAAAGAGGUUACAGAGAUCUCCAUGGGAGAGUUCCUCAUCCACUCCUCAUUAAAAUGGCUCAACCCUCUCUCCUCCCUGGGUCGCAUGAGGAAACAUCCUGAGCUAAUGCUGUUUGUUUUCAAGAGAGCGGUGAUCCUGGUGUACCGUGAGCGCAGCAAGAUGAGAAAGAGGAUGACCACGUCACGCUCAGGGGACCUGGAGGCCUUCAAGUUCCGCUGGCUCGUCCCGGUGUCGGCGGUGCAGGUCCGCCUGGGGAGCGCAGCAGGAACAGAGAGCCCAUGUAUCUGGGAGCUGGUCCAUACCAAGUCUCAGGUGGAGGGGAGACCAGAGACCGUGUUCCAGCUCUGCAGCAGUGGUUUGGAGAAUAAGGCCAGUGUAGUGAAAGCUCUUCGCUCCCUUCGAGACUGGACCUGUAGGCCCCUCCUAUCAGAGAGAGGUUCUAGAGAGUACCUAGGCUCCCUUCGUAGGACCCAGCCUGCACCGGUCAGAGCCAGCUCCUGGAGAAGACAACAGGAACUGCAGGCCAUGAGGACUGCAGGCCACCAGCACCACUCUGAUGACGGCAGUGUGUCCAGUGGUGCAACCCAACCCUGCCCGGGAGACACCCACUCGGAGCCCCAGCUUCACAGCCGCUCCACCAUGGGCCUCCCCAGCCUGGAGGGCGCCACGCUGGGCAAGAGGGCCCGGCUGUGCUCCCUGACCAGUGCCCUGGAGGCCCAGCUCCAGAGACUCAACUUCACAGGGGAGGCCGGGCCGAGGAGUGCUGCGUCCCAGCAGGAGCACCUCAGACCGGGGCCCCACCAGCCCCAUCCUGCUGCCCAGAGGAGGGCUAGCAGUCUGCAGGGUCCAGGAGGGCAGGAUAAUGACCCCCAGUGUGUGGACCUUAAUGCCCUGCUGGGGAGGGACUUCAGUGUGCAGAGCCUGACCUCUGUGGUCAAUGAGAACUGCUUUUAUGACACAGUUAUGGGGAUCCAGAAGGCAGCCAUUCCAACACUAUAGGGGCCCUAGAAGUUGCCCCUAGACGCUGAUCUUGGGUCAGUUUUCCCCACUAAUGGUUAACAAGAAGAUUGGGGGACAGCUGAUCCUAGAUCUGUACCAAGGGAAACUUCACCCGGAGAGCUGAUGAACACUAUAGAAGGUACACUCCUGUACCUGUCUCGACCCUAAUCACACUGACUACAUUAGUGCCUGGUCAAGGUACUAUGGACUAGAAGAUGAAUCUCCUUAAUGUGUUUACUCUGACUGGUGAGUAGGCUACGACUGAAGACCUGAGCUCUGAUCACAGUUACUUGACUUUAUCCUUUUAUCUCCUAGUGGAGCAAAGGCCUCAAGAUCACACUGUGACAGUAAAUACAGUGCAUUUGGAAAGUAUUCAGACACCUUCGCUUUUUCCACAUUUUGUAAUGUUACAGCCUUAUUCUAAAAUCUAUUAAAUUGUUUUUUCCCCUCGUCAAUCGACACACAAUACUCCACAAUGACAUCACAAUACCACAUACUGACAAAGAAAAACAGGUUUUUCAAAAUCUUAUGAAAUGUAUACUUAAAAAAACCUGAAAUAUCACUUUUACUUUAGAAUUCAGACCCUUUACUCAGUACUUUGUUGAAGCACCUAUGGCAACGUUUACAGCCUUGAAUUUUCUUGGGUAUGAUGGUACAAGUUUGGCACACCUGUAUUUGGGGAGUUUCUCCCAUUCUUCUCUGCAGAUCCUCUCAAGCUCUGUCAGGUUGGAUGGGGAGCGUCGCCGCACAGCUAUU